AUGGGAUCGGAGGAGUUGCGCAUCCAAGUCCCUUCGGGUUUCGAAUUGGACAAGGCCGUCUGCAACCACGGCUUCUUUAUGAUGGCACCAAACCAGUGGGUGCCGUCCACCAAGACGCUGCAACGGCCCCUGCGCUUAGCCAAUUCCCAAACCACCGUCUCAGCCUCCAUCUCCAUGGCGGCGCCGGACUUUAAAUUUCUCGUCGUCAGGGUCGCUAACGGCGGCGAGCUGUCCCAACCGGACCGGGAAGCCGUCCUGGCCCAAGUGCGCCGCAUGCUUCGGUUGAAGCCCGAAGAUGAAACGGCCGUCCGGCAGUUCCAAAACCUUUGCCCGGACGCUGGACAAACUGGGUUUGGCCGACUCUUCAGAUCUCCUUCUCUCUUUGAAGAUGCCGUCAAGUGCAUUCUCCUCUGCAACUGCAGAUGGAAGAGGAGUCUGGACAUGGCCGAAGCGUUAUGCCAGCUGCAGCCGGAGCUAAUCACAAGAGGAUCAGCAGGAGCGAGGAAACGGAAGAGAAACAACAACGGCAAAGUAGCAGUGGUAGCCCGGCCGCCGCCCGCUAACUUCCCCAACGCCCGAGAAUUGGCGGGGCUAGAAGCUGGAGAUUUGGCGAAACGGUGCAAUCUCGGGCUCAGAGCAGCCUACAUUGUGAAUUUGGCGACCGAGGUAGCAACCGGAAAACUGAUACUUGAUGAUGACAUGGUUGAACAAGUUUGCAAAGCCUCCAUGGAUGAGGAAAGUUCCUUUUACAAUAAGAUGCUAAACUUCUAUGGGUUUGGAAAGUUUUCGGUGGCCAAUCUCAUGAUGUGCAUCGGCCUCUACAGCUACCUCCCCGUCGACUCUGAAACUGUUCGACUCGUCCAAAAGAAACGCCGAAUCGGAUGUCACAAGCGAGAGGUGCGAGUUGCAUAUGAGCAGUAUGCUCCAUUUCAGAGCUUGGCGUAUUGGUCGGAUCUUUUCGAAGACUACGAAGAAACCCUAGGGAAGCUGAGUGAAUUGCCAAAGUCGGAGUAUGGAAGAGUGACCGGGACUUCUCCCAACAAAGGGGAAAUGAAAGAGCAACCACGGGGACGAGUUGUGAGUUCCCAAAAACGGCGUCGAGGUAGCCGACGAGCUCGCCGGCUUUAG